AUCAGUUUCCGUCCACAUAUAACACGGAUCAGUUCGUUAGGACAACAAGGACUUUGUCAAGGAAACAACUACUGUAUUACACGUCACACAUCACACACCAUAGAAAAUGGGUCUGUCCAUGUUCGGGCCUCCUGAGCCAAUUGACCCUACAUACCAACCGACCACAUCAAUCACCAAAAUCCCGGCAAAUGCACCAAUUGAAGAGAUCCUCGAAGUCAUUGAACGAGAUGGAGGGGUAAUCCUGACAGGAUUCACUUCCGCCGAAGAGCUCUCGGCCAUUGAUCGGGAUGUGGAGGCUCAUCGAAAACAAACACGCUCCGAGAAGGGAGCCUUGCCCAAUCUUCCCAGAGAGACUUUAUCCGUGGCUGGCCUCGUGGGAAAGUCUCCCACGGUCGCUCGAAUGUGUGAAUAUCCGGUGUUGGAGAAAUUACGCACUCACAUUUUACAAGAAAACUUUGACGUGAUACGCGAGGAUCACGUCGAACACAACACCAUCGACCCUCUCCUGAGUAUCAGCAUGACUUUUCAUAUCGGACCGGGCGCACCUCGCCAGAGACUUCACAGAGACGACAACACGCACGGAACACGGCAUGGUGGAGGAGCACACUUUGACCUGAAACAGGCCGGGCAAUUCGCAUGCUUGGUGGCGGGUUCCCAGACAACCCGAGAGAAUGGUGCCACAAUGUUCAUCCCAGGAUCUCACAAGUGGGACGAUACACGAGUACCUCGUCUAGAUGAGAUCUGUUUUGCCGAAAUGGAACCAGGCUCGGCUCUGAUUUUCCUAGCCUCCUGUUACCACGGCGGCGGUCACAAUGCGACCACCGAUGAGGUUCGAAGAGUCCAUGGAUUGUUCUUUGUACGUGGGAACAUGCGUACAGAAGAGAAUCAGUUUCUGGCAGUUCCGAGGAGUAAGGUGCUUAAUAUGAGCGAAAAGAUGCUCUCGUUGCUCGGAUAUUCGAAGCCUUCCUCAGCGCUAGGGAUAGUAGAGAACGAGGAUCCAGUAUCAAAUCUGAGAACUUUUCUCGAGAUGGCCAACCAGUAAUUGAUGACUGCAUUAUAUAUGAGCCAUGACUCUGGCCAAGUGAAAAUAUAAUAGAAAUUUGC